CAAUAUACUUGACAUUUCUCCACAUUUGACCGGAAUUUGAGGAAAAUUAUUUAUAGAAUUUAAAGAACUACUUCUUCAUCGAUCAAUUUUAUAUAUUAUUACUAGAGAUUUUGAGUUUCCAUGAUCUCUGGAAGAAGGGUUUUCAACAACCUAAUCCACCAUUAACGACGUAUACGAGAGAUAAUGUCGAGUGACAAUGAAUUGGACGAGGACGAGCUUCUUCAAAUGGCGCUGAAAGAGCAAUCUCAGCGAGAUCUUAAUUACCGGAGACCUUCCUCCGCCAACAACCGCAAACCCGCCGCCAAUAACGCUCGGACUCAACCGAAGAAAGCCUCUGUUCCUCAGGUACCCAAGCCCGACGGAGGAAGAGGAGCAAAGGCGAGAGUUGUGGUGGACGAUGACGACGAUGAUUCCGAGGUUGAAAUGCUUAGUAUUUCAAGUGGUGAUGAUGAAUCCACCGACAGAGAUAAUUCUCGACCUGGUGCUGUGGGUUCGAGGUCUCGUCCUGGGGCUGGUAGAGUUUCUGGGAAGGAUGACGAUGGCGGUUGGGAUGGAGAUGAGCCCGAUCGUUGGAAACGCGUUGACGAGGCUGAGAUUUCUCGAAGGGUUAGAGAAAUGCGAGAGACAAGAACAGCUCCAGUUGCUCAAAAAUUCGAGAAGAAAGCAUCAGUUGUGGGUAAGAAGGGAUUUAAUUCUCUACAAUCUUUCCCUCGUGGUAUGGAAUGUGUUGAUCCACUUGGUUUGGGUAUAAUUGAUAACAAAUCGCUUAGGUUGAUAACUGAGGCAUCAGAAAGUUCUCCAUCUAAGCAGGAAAGAGAUAGUCAAGAUCAAAACCUUCGUAUGAAGUUGUUAUAUUGUUCUGAGAAAUUUGAUGCAAAGUUGUUUCUAUCUCGGAUUCACCAAGAUACUAGUGCAGCAGAGCUACAAAGUGGUGCUCUUGCUUUGAAGAGUGAUCUUAAAGGACGUACUCAGCAAAAGAAAAAAUUAGUAAAAGACAAUUUUGAUUGUUUUGUCUCGUGCAAAACCACAAUUGAUGAUAUUGAGUCGAAGUUGAGACGGAUUGAAGAAGACCCAGAAGGAUCAGGUACUUCAAAUUUGUUUAAUUGUAUUUCUGGAGUGAGUUCAUUGGCUAAUCGUGCUUUUCAGCCUUUGUUUGAGAGGCAAGCUCAAGCUGAGAAAAUCAGGUCAGUCCAGGGAAUGUUACAGAGAUUUCGUACAUUAUUCAAUUUGCCAAGUACUAUUCGUGGGAGCAUUAGUAAAGGAGAAUAUGAUUUAGCAGUUAGGGAAUACAAGAAGGCGAAAUCGAUUGCUCUGCCAUCUCAUGUUGGAAUACUCAAACGUGUUCUUGAAGAGGUUGAGAAAGUAAUGCAUGAAUUCAAAGGUAUGUUGUAUAAGUCUAUGGAAGAUCCAAAUAUAGACUUAACAAAUCUUGAAAACACUGUGAGAUUGUUGAUGGAGCUGGAACCUGAUUCAGACCCAGUUUGGCAUUACUUAAAUAUACAGAACCAAAGAAUUCGUGGUUUGCUAGAUAAGUGUACCUUUGAUCAUGAAAGUAGAUUGGAAAUUUUGCAGAAUGAGAUGAAGGAAAAAGCCUUAUCUAAUGCAAAAUGGAAGCAAAUUCAGCAAGGCUUAAAUCAAUCUACAGAUGUUUACAGUUCAUUGGACAAUCACCUUCCAUUGGAAUUGGCAUGUGAAGAAGUUGAUGCACUCAGAGGAAGGUAUAUUCGUAGAUUAACUGCUGUACUUAUUCAUCAUAUACCAGCCUUUUGGAAAAUAGCACUUUCUGUUUUCAGUGGAAAAUUUGCUAGUACUUCUGCAAAUAAAGUUGAUGAUAAAAUUGGGGAUGGAAAGUUUUCAACGCAUUCCCUUGAUGAAGUUGCUGGAAUGAUUCUCAGUACUAUUUCUGCUUAUGAGGCGAAAGUACAUAGUACAUUUAAUGAUCUUGAAGAAUCAAAUAUUCUUCGUUCGUUUAUGAGUGAUGCUAUAAAGGAUAUUAGUAAAGCUUGCCAAGCUUUUGAAGCGAAGGAAUCAGCUCCCCUUGUUGCUGUUACUGCACUACAGACGCUUCAAUCAGAGAUAACAAAGAUUUACAUUUUAAGGCUUUGCUCAUGGAUGCGUGUAUCGACUGAGGAGAUUUCAAAUAAAGAAAUAUGGGUUCCAGUAUCAAUUAUUGAGAGGAACAAAUCUCCUUACACAAUAUCCUAUCUGCCUCUGGCUUUCCGUUCUGUUAUGGCCUCAGCAAUGGAUCAGAUCAGUUUGAUGGUUCAUCAGUCUCUUAGGAAUGAAGCCACAAAAUCUGAAGACAUGUUUGCUCAGUUUCAAGAUACCCAAGAAUCUGUUAGACUUGCAUUUUUGAACUGUUACCUGGAUUUCGCUGGUCAUUUGGAGCGUAUUGGGAAUGAGCUCUCACAAAGCAAAGAAGUAUCACAUUUGGAGAUUGGAUAUUCGAAUGAAUCAGAAGAAGACAAGUCAUUGACUGAUGUCCCAGAAAGUGUACAGGAUCCACAUCAAAGGCUCUUGAUGGUUUUAAGUAAUAUUGGCUAUUGCAAAGACCAACUUUCAUUUGAGUUGUACAACAAAUACAAACACAUCUGGCUGCAGGGUAGGGAAAAGGACGAAGAGGAGAGUGACGUACAAGAUCUUGUAAUGUCUUUUUCUGGGGUUGAAGAAAAGGUCCUUGAGAAAUAUACUUUUGCUAAGGCUAACUUGAUCAGAUCUGCUGCAGCGAACUAUUUGUUGGAUUCUGGGGUUCAGUGGGGUGCUGCACCUGCAGUAAAAGGUGUUCGGGAUGCAGCUGUUGAGUUACUGCACACUUUAGUAGCUGUUCAUGCCGAGGUUUUUUCUGGUGCUAAACCCCUUCUGGACAAGACACUAGGCAUUCUUGUGGAAGGUCUGAUUGACACUUUCCUCAGUCUUUUCCAUGAAAACAAGGAGACACAUCUUAGGUUGGUUGACGUGAAUGGUUUUUGUCAGCUCUCGAUCGAGCUUGAAUAUUUGGAGAACAUAUUGAACCCUUAUUUUACUUCUGAUGCAAGAGAGUCUUUGAGGUCCUUACAAGGUGUGAUUUUGGAGAAAGCAACAGAGAGUGCAAGUGAGGCUUUGGAGAAUCCAGGGCAUCACCGACGGAGACCUACCCGUGGUAGUGAAGAUGCACUUGCAGAUGAUGAGAGACAACAAGGAAUGAGUGUAUCACCAGAUGAUCUAAUUGCUCUUGCCCAACAGUAUACUUCGGAGUUGCUUCAGUCAGAACUCGAAAGGACUCGAAUCAACACAGCAUGCUUUGCGGAUUCAAUUCCUAUGGAGUUGGUGCCAGAACCUGUUAAGUCUGCUUAUGCUUCAUUCAGGGGUCCAAUGGACUCACCCAGCAGAAACUUUAGAGGGACACAUGUUACUGGAUCCCCAAGCUAUUCUCGCCAAAGACGUCGGUGAUCUUCCCAUGUCCUGGAAUUUUUUCUAGUUUCUAUUCAAAGUUUGGUGGUUUGGUUUGGUUUAAUUUGGUUUGGUUGAGUGAGUGAGUGAGUGAAAUCCAGUUAUUUUUUUAUUUAUGGUAAAUUCUAUAUGAAUAGACAUUGCUAAUCUCUGCAUAUUCUCCUAGUUUUAUUAAAUAAAAGACAUAACAUAUUUCUGGUAAUAAA